AUGAAGAAAUGGGAUUGGUGUGGUCACAUCUCAUUGCUAACCAUCCACUACGGUGACGUGCCAGCUGAGAAAGGCGAUGACGAUUUCCAUCAUUCUACACAGCUGGAGCAUCUAUGCCACCUCGACAUUUCCGAUGUUCCAUCAAAACAUCGAAAGACUGGAAUCAUUUGUACCAUAGGACCAGCCUGCAAUACCGUUGAAAUGUUGCAUGAGAUGAUAAAACACGGCCUAAAUAUUGCUAGACUAAAUUUUAGCCACGGAUCACAUGAGGAACACGCGAGAGCUAUAGAGACAAUUAGGGCAGCAGCAAUGGAUCACAUCGACCCCGUGGCUAUCGCGCUCGAUACGAAAGGUCCUGAGAUUAGGACUGGCCGAUUGGCGGGGGUUCGUUCAUUGUGCUCGAUCUAUUUAACUACUAGUGAAACACUUCAUGAAUUGAGUGAACCAACUUCGAAAGCGCUUAUUUUUCUACCUCAUAACGUCGACUCUCAAAAGACACAAAAGUUCUUGAUUGUUAAGGGAACUGAAGUAGAACUGCAUCGAGGGAACAGUAUUCUUGUGUCCAACGAUCCAGCGCUGGAAAAUUAUUGCACAGCCACCACACUGUACAUCGAUUACAAAAAUCUACCUCGUGUUCUUAAGAAGGGUUCCCGCAUCUUUAUCGAUGACGGUUUGAUUUCACUAGUUGUCGAAGACCUCACGAAGGAUUCAGUUUCGUGUAUAGUGGAAAAUGGUGGCAUGCUCGGCAGUCAUAAAGGUGUCAAUCUUCCCGGAACGAUAAUUGAUUUACCGGCGGUUACGGAACGGGACAAGGCCGACUUGCUGUUUGGUGUUGAACAGAACGUGGACAUGAUUUUCGCCUCGUUCAUCCGCAGUGCUGAUGGCAUUAAGGAAAUACGGGAAAUUCUCGGAGAAAAAGGAAAGAACAUCAAAAUCAUCGCAAAAAUCGAAUGCGAAGAGGGAAUGCUCUAUGCGGACGAGAUCAUUGCUGAAGCCGAUGGUAUAAUGGUGGCUCGUGGUGAUCUUGGUAUUGAAAUACCACCUCAGAAGGUGUUUCUUGCACAGAAGAAGCUGAUCGCCAAAUGCAAUCUUGCCGGUAAAUCAGUGAUCUGCGCCACCCAGAUGCUCGAGAGCAUGAUCAAUAAACCGCGUCCAACUAGAGCUGAAUGCAGUGACGUCGCUAAUGCCGUCUUGGACGGUGCUGAUUGUGUGAUGUUGUCCGCCGAAACGGCCAAAGGCGAUUAUCCACUGGAAGCAUUGAAAAUGAUGCAUUCGGCUUGUUACAUUGGCUUUUUUAUUUGCAAGCAAGCUGAAUUAGCUUUCUACUACGCAAAAUACUACGAAGAAAUAUUGUUCAACACCAAGAGGCCAACGGAUCAUACUCAUACCACCGCCAUCGGUGCCGUCUCGGCUGCCGUUUUCUGUAAAGCGAAGGCCAUAGUUCUUAUAACAACUACUGGAAGCACUGCAGUACUUUGCUCUCGCUAUCGCCCUCCUGUGCCAGUGAUCUCGAUAUCACGCAACGAACAAGUCGCCCGUCAGCUUCACCUCUACAGGAGCGUUUUUCCUCUAUAUUGGCCUAAAGAACGUCUCGAUGACUGGAAAGAAGAUGUCGAGGAACGCAUACAUUUCGGUAUCGAAGCCGGGAAAAAAAGAGGCGUGAUAAAAUCAGGUGAUGCGCUCAUUGUCGUCACCGGCUGGCACCAAGGUGAGCAAGUGAAAAAAAAUGGCGAAGUGCAAAAAAGUCCAUGCUUUAAAGAAAUAUACUCUAUAUUGCAGUGUAUAUUAUCAGCCUUUCUUAAAAUGUAUUGUACUGCACAUAAAUAG